AUGGUGUUGUUCUUCAGUGCAUAUCUUCCGCCUGCAAAGCCUGAUGCGGAUGGCAACACGAGACAGGAAUAUGACGAGGAUGCUGGCUCUCUUUUCUGGGCUCUGAAUGUGCCGUCGACCUAUCUGCCGGAAGGAGGCCUGGAAUCGAUCAGAGAUAGAACGAACUUUUGCUUGGAAGGAAUAGCCAACUGGAGUCCCAGAUACCAUGAUCUGCUGAGAAGUGUUGAUGACAAGGAUGUUUAUGCGUUCCAACCCUACGCCAGUAAAAAGGCCUCCCAAAAAUUGGCGCGCGAAGGUGACUACCACCGAUAUGGCGGAGAAAGGCCAUCCUCGAGUCUGGCUAAUCGGCGAUGCUAUUCAUCCAAUGCUUCCAGGGCGAGGAAUGUGGCAAUCAGGCUAUGA